AUGACACAAAUUAAGUCAGGAAGGUCUCUUGAAGUGUCUGCGACAGACUGCAAAAAGGAACUUGAACUAAGAAUAGCAUGUGAAAAUUUUCAUGAAUUUGAAGUAGAUUGCUAUUUUAAGCUAAUUGAUGCUUCAAUAAAUAAUGAACGCCCACAAAAAACACUACCAUACUUCAAACGGAAGUCUAUUCCUCCAGUAUCAAAAUAUCCGCGUGGACACCCCGGAGAGAGUGGGGAUCAGCAGGGCAGUGUUUCCAAACGAUCAUCUGCUGCAGAACCUGGAGAAACAGCAGAAGAGAUCAUAUUAGUUUUGGAAUGGGUGUCAACACACGUUGAAUCCCAACCAACGAUUUUCCACAGGAAAUUAUCUCGGAAUCCAUAUUUAAAGUUCAAUGAAAUUGAUGAAGAUACUAUGUCAUGGAUUGAAAUGAUGGAAACCAGAGGAGCAUUUCUUAAUGAUUCGAUUAUUCUUACAAAGGCUGAAGACUUUGCGAAGAAACGUCAAAUAACUGAGUUUAAAGCCAGUCGUGGAUGGCUUGAAAAAUUUAAAAGAAGACAUGGGUUAAAAUUGAAGAAACUUUAUGGAGAAUCUUCUACAGAGAAUUUCUCAAAUUCUGAAGUUAAUGAUUUUCUCAUUAAUAUAAGAGUAAAAAUAAAAUUAUAUGGUCGCGAAAAUGUCUAUAAUGCAGAUGAGACAGGAUUAUUUUAUAAAGCUCUUCCAUGUAAAAGCAUUUGCAAGAUCAAGAGAUAUGGGCAUAAAUUAUUGAAGGAUCGAAUAUCGAUAAUGUUCUGUUCAAAUAUGACUGGUACCGAUAAACUAACACCAUUCAUAAUUGGAAAAUUCAAAAAUCCUAGAUGCUCUAAAAAUUUUAGCUAUCGAAGUUUUGUGACCUAUCAUAAUUCAAAAAAAGCAUGGAUGGAUUCUAUGUUUUUCCUUAUUAAACUGGGGGAUUUGGCAAGCAGAAGAAGAAAUGAUCAUUGGGAACGGACAUGGCUUUUCUAA